UAUUUGUGUUCAUGUUUUGUUUUAGGUUUUUUUUUUAUUAUUUUUUCUUAUUUAAAGUGUCUAAUAAGGCCAAGUAUAGAUGCUCUUUAUGUUUUAAGAUUUUGAAUUAUUAAAAAUUCCCUUUGAAGAACACUUUCAGCUCAUGAAAGCUAAUGCAGAGAGCUUCUCUACCCAGCUUGGCAUAGUCCGUUGGAAAUUUUGGACUGUAAUCAGUCAGCAUUCAUAUAAAGCAAUCAGGUUUUUAACAGUGACACUAAAAAAAUUACAUUUUAGACAGCCUCAUUUUGUUUUUUUCAGGCAGCUUUAGAUAUCCGUUUUGUCCCACUGCCUUUUGCUGUACUCUGACCUUUUAGUAAAGGUCAGCCCCUGCCCUUUUAGGAAGAAAGGCUGGAGUCUUUGAAUUCACCCAACAGAUCCAACCUCGGCCCUGCAUUUUCAUGUGGUCCUAACUGGAGGAAAAAAUGCUGGCUCGGUCUUGGAAGAUAACAUGAACUGAUGAGAAGCUAGAUUAUCUUUGAAGUGCAAAAAAUAAGAUGGUUUAUAACCUAAUUGCUAUACUCCUGUUUUGUAUGUAAAAUACCAAAUGGUUAACUGUUGAUGUUGGUUUGCUGUCUGUGGGUGUUUUUAUUCCCCCCGGAGUUGCCAUCUAAUUUUCUUUGCUUUACAAAAUAAAAAUUUUUCUAGGGGGGUGGCUACCUUGGUUGGGUCAGAUCUGGAGAUAUGGAGUUGUCCUGCCGGUUACAGGCCAUCUUAUUUCGUGCUAGAGGGGGGUAAAGGAGUGGGGAGGAGCACCAGGGAGUCACAACCUCCUCCGCUCUGUCGCUCCGCCCCCCGCGCGCCUGCUGAGGUUUGGUGGGGUUUACGCGCUCCGAGUUGUCUUCCUGACCAUCCAGCCUAACCUUAUCUGCACUCCCAUCACAAACACACACCAUUUGUUCAUUCAUGCACUCACAAAAAUCUGAUUUUGGAAAUGAAAUACAGAUGGUUAUCUUUUCUGAUAACCAUCUUCUUCAGAUAAUUCCACUUUAAAAUGGCUGAAGUAGCGUCAAGCAGACAGCUCUCUAUCUGUACCCCACCGCCUGCGUCAGAUGCUUGGUUAGAAAGACAGAAACGUGCGCAGCAACUGCGAUGACCUCUUUAUUUCAGAACUGUGGAGGCUUCUAGAUACAAUAAUUAAUCCACAGACUCUUUUUCUCCACCCAUUGGCCAGGAUUCAGGAAAGAAGGCCAGGAUAAAGAAAACAAAGUUUGAAAUAGUUCAUGAAAAUGCUAGAAAGUUAAAGACAAGCAGUACAUAAUAUUUCUUCCCUCUUUAAUUAUGUAUCAAUAUUCCCAAAGAAAUGGGAUCAGUUCAUAUGGGAAAGAUCAAGCCAGUAACUGCCCUCCUGUAAGAUGAUUUAAAAGCUAAUUCUAAGGUUAACUGGAAGUCUGACCUCAUGUCACCGAUUGAAUGUUCACAUGAAAGCCUUUCUUCCCUGCCAGUUAUCCUGUAAGCAUUCCCUUUGUUUUCUUAGAAAUGCUACAUCCACUGCAUGGCUGAAAACUGAGAAUAGCAUUAAGUUUUUGUUUGUUGUGUUUUGGUGUUUUAUUUCCAUAUUUUAAAAGAAUGUAUUUUUUGAAACCUUUUACUAACGAUCUUGUUUUCUGAUUUUGUCUCUUUUGGUUUUUUCCACAACUGAUACUGUUAUUUAGAAGGUUUCAGGUGGGUGACACUAUUCCUGCGUAGGUGCCUGGCGGAAAGGAACACUAGGGCAGCCUCAGUCCUCUCCUCUUCUUCCAGCCAGCUGCGACCGCCACUCUGACAAAGUCCAAAAAUAUGGCUUGUUACCUGAAAGCCAUUGAGACUCAGCCCAACUUUGCCGUCGCUUGGAGCAACUUGGGUUGUGUGUUCAAUGCCCAGGGAGAGAUAUGGCUGGCCAUCCAUCAUUUUGAAAAGGCAGUGACUCUGGACCCGAACUUUCUAGACGCAUACAUCAACUUGGGAAACGUUCUGAAAGAAGCCCGCAUCUUUGAUAGAGCUGUGGCUGCCUACCUGAGAGCCCUGAGUCUGAGUCCCAACCAUGCUGUUGUCCAUGGCAACCUGGCCUGUGUCUACUAUGAGCAAGGCCUCAUUGACCUCGCCAUCGACACCUACCGCCGUGCUAUUGAAUUGCAGCCCCACUUCCCUGAUGCCUACUGCAAUUUGGCCAAUGCCCUGAAGGAGAAAGGCAACGUAUCCGAAGCGGAGGAGUGCUACAACACAGCUUUGCGUUUGUGUCCGACUCACGCCGACUCUCUUAACAACUUGGCCAACAUAAAGCGUGAGCAAGGCAACAUCGAAGAAGCUGUUCAGCUUUACAGAAAAGCCUUAGAAGUGUUCCCAGAGUUUGCUGCAGCCCACUCUAAUCUGGCCAGUGUCCUGCAACAGCAAGGCAAACUCCAGGAGGCCCUCAUGCAUUACAAGGAAGCUAUAAGGAUCAGCCCCACAUUUGCUGAUGCCUAUUCCAACAUGGGCAAUACGCUGAAGGAGAUGCAGGAUGUCCAGGGAGCUCUGCAGUGCUAUACUCGUGCCAUCCAGAUCAACCCAGCCUUUGCUGAUGCUCACAGCAACUUGGCUUCUAUCCACAAGGAUUCUGGAAACAUCCCAGAGGCCAUUGCAUCUUAUCGCACAGCCCUUAAACUCAAGCCAGACUUCCCUGAUGCUUACUGCAACUUGGCUCAUUGCCUGCAGAUUGUAUGUGACUGGACAGAUUACGAUGAGCGGAUGAAGAAACUUGUUAGCAUCGUGGCCGACCAGCUUGACAAGAACCGCUUGCCCUCGGUGCACCCCCACCACAGCAUGCUGUAUCCGCUGUCUCACAGCUUCCGGAAGGCCAUAGCCGAGCGCCAUGGAAACCUUUGCCUGGAUAAGGUACUCGCAAUGAUCAAAAUUAAUGCGCUCCACAAACCUGCUUUUGAGCAUCCUAAGGACUUGAAGAGCAGCGGCGGUCGCCUGCGCGUCGGAUAUGUCAGCUCUGACUUUGGCAACCACCCCACCUCCCAUCUGAUGCAGUCCAUCCCUGGAAUGCACAAUCCUGAAAAGUUUGAGGUUUUCUGCUACGCUCUUAGCCCUGAUGAUAACACUAACUUCCGUGUGAAAGUGGUUGCAGAAGCUCAUCACUUCACAGACCUUUCCCAGAUUCCUUGCAACGGAAAGGCAGCUGAUCGUAUUCAGCAGGAUGGAAUUCACAUUCUGGUCAACAUGAACGGAUACACCAAGGGAGCUCGGAAUGAGCUGUUUGCCCUCCGCCCCGCCCCUAUUCAGGCUAUGUGGCUUGGUUACCCUGGAACCAGUGGAGCUCCUUUCAUGGACUACAUCAUCACUGACAAGGAGACGUCUCCCGUCGAAGUAGCUGAACAGUACUCUGAGAAACUGGCCUACAUGCCUAACACUUUCUUCAUUGGAGAUCAUGCCAACAUGUUCCCUCAUCUUAAGAAAAAAGCCGUGAUUGACUUCAAAUCCAACGGACACAUCUUCGACAACCGGAUUGUUCUGAACGGCAUUGAUCUGAAAGCGUUCUUAGACAGCCUGCCAGAUGUCAAAGUGAUAAAGAUGAAGUGUGACAACAACCAGGAGCCUACUGCUGGAGACACAAACGGAGCUCUAUCCAUGCCGGUUAUUCCCAUGAACACAGCAGCAGAGGCAAUCAUCAACAUGAUCAAUCAAGGCCAAAUCCAGGUCACAAUCAACAACUUCACAGUCAGCAACGGCUUGGCCACCACACAGAUCAAUAACAAAGCUGCAACUGGGGAGGAGGUGCUGCGGACCAUCGUAGUGACGACCCGCUCCCAGUACGGUCUCCCUGAAGACUCGAUCGUCUACUGUAACUUCAACCAGCUCUACAAGAUCGAUCCUCCAACCCUUCAGAUGUGGGCUAAUAUAUUGAAACGUGUGCCCAACAGCGUGUUGUGGCUCCUUCGCUUCCCUGCUGUCGGUGAGCCGAACAUCCAGCAGUACGCCCAAAACAUGGGUCUGCCUGGGUCUCGCAUCAUUUUCUCCCCCGUGGCUCCUAAGGAGGAGCAUGUGAGAAGAGGCCAGCUGGCUGACGUGUGCCUCGACACUCCUCUGUGCAACGGUCACACCACAGGCAUGGAUGUUCUCUGGGCUGGAACGCCCAUGGUCACAAUGCCAGGUGAGACUCUGGCCUCCCGUGUGGCUGCUUCACAACUGAAUUGUCUUGGCUGCCCAGAGCUGAUUGCUCAGACUCGUCAGGAAUAUGAAGACAUAGCAGUCAAAUUGGGAUCCGACAUGGAAUACCUAAAGAUGAUCAGAGCACGUGUUUGGAAACAGCGAAUCUGCAGCCCCCUGUUCAACACCAAGCAGUACACGAUAGACCUGGAAAGGCUCUAUCUGCAAAUGUGGGAACAUCACAGCAGCGGAAACAAGCCAGAUCACUUGGUCAAACUCCAAACAGUGGAGACCAGUGAAAACGCCUGAACUUGAAACAUGUUAGCUACGAUUUUAACCCUGAUCAGCAGCGCCGUUUGAACGGUCGGGUUCACUCAAACUCCCUGUUCUUCAGUGACUGUUUCAAUUUCUCUCAUUUACUCUAAUUGGGGACUCUUGGUUUGAAGGAGCCCACAAAUGUUCACACUUGGACUCCCAUUAUGCUUGUCGUCGAGUCACAUGGUGAGCCAGAGCCUGAGAUAUUUUCCGGCGACUUGUCUGAGACUCUUGCACUGAAACACUUGGUGUAAUUUGUGAGCAUGAGAAGGUUGUGAAUACCUUGCUUUUCCCUUCAGUACCUUGGACAGUGGAUUUCCCUUUGAAUCCUGUUGUCAUUUAAACGGGACUAAAUGCAGCUUGUGGAGAGGAAGCCCAUCUAUCUUUACUGGGUCUGUUUAGAACUGAAUUAAAUGUUAAACGUUUUUAAAAUGACAAUGUUGCACCAUUGAAAUUGUUUCAUCAGCUUUAUCAAGCCAGUAUGAGACAAAUUUGUGUGAGCUGCUCUUAAAUGGCCACAAGAAGUAAAUGUGUACGUUUUGAAAAAGUUUCUCCCACAAAAAAUGCCAACUUUUUAUUUUGUCAAAAGAUUUUGUUUAGUAGGUGUCGUCUUUUUGAUGUCAAACUGAACUGCUUAUAAUUGGACAAAAGCAAUUUUUGGAACAUGUUUGAACUUCAGUUAAAACAUCAAAAUAUCUUAUUGGAUUGUUUUUUUUUGUUUUGUUUUUUUAAACAAGCCUGAAAUUGGUAAGUAUUUUCUAAACAGUUCUGUUUUGUAUUGUUUAACUGUAUGCUGUUGGUGAAGCUGCAAGUCUCUACAUAUAAUAAAAAAAA